AGCAGCUCUCUGAAGAUGGAUGGAAAGAGCAGUGCUGGGAACAGGAAGUCAAGAAAGUUUCGCUCCCUCUCGAGAUCACUCAUCCUGUGCAACGCCAAAACCAGCGACGACGGCUCGAGUCCUGACGAGAAGUGCCCUGAUCCCUUGGAGAUCUCUACCAGCUGGGGUCAAGGGGAUUUUGACUGCUGUGCUAGAACACCACUGCCAUACACAUCAGAGACAGAAGAGAGUCCACCCGAUCCUGCACGUGUGAUCCCCAGCAUGGUCCAGCCCAAAGCGGCAGCAAACAAGAACUGCAACAACAUGAGGAGAAAGUUACUCACCAAGGACAGUUGCAUCUGUAGGCUGUGUACAAGCACAGGGAACAGCAGCUCAGGAAUCAAGCUGUCCAGGACUCCAAAGUGUGCAUUGCUAUGGAAAGGGUUCACAAGCAGCCCCAUGCCUGCUGGAGGUGCAGCUAACAGGGAUGCUCGUCUGUGCCCAGGGGAUGAACUGGUAGCACUGAAUGGACAACCACCUAAAGCUCUGUGCAGGAAGGAAGCUGAGCCUCUCCUUCACCCCCCAUCACGGCUGCUGAACAUCAUGGAGGCUGGCAAAGAGACACCGAGCUGCAAGGAAAGGCCUCUGGGAACACACAACAGCUUUCUGCACAGGAACGCUGCCUGCCAGCGGACCCGCAGCAACUCAACCAGUGUAGACCCAUGCUGGCUGGGGGAGAUGGACUGCUCAGCACCACGGAAAGCCCCCAGGGACCGGCAGCCUCACGCGCUCCACACCAGCCGCAAGUCUCUUUCCCAACAGCUUGACUGCUCUGCAGGGAGAGCCCCAGCCAUUUCAAGGCCAUCUAGAUCACUCAGUACAGCACAGCUGGUGCAGGCAUCCUGCAGCUCUCAGGCUUCAGUAAUCUCAAACAUCGUAUUGAUGAGAGGACAAGGGAAGGGUUUGGGCUUCAGCAUCGUUGGAGGGAAAGACAGCAUUUAUGGACCAAUAGGCAUCUAUGUCAAAACCAUCUUUCCUGGUGGAGCUGCUGCUGCUGAUGGAAGGCUACAAGAAGGUGAUGAAAUCCUGGAGCUGAAUGGAGAGCCCAUGCAUGGCUUAACACACUCUGAUGCUUUACACAAGUUCAAGCAGGCCAAAAAGGGUCUUCUGACACUUACAGUCAGGACAAGCUUUGGUACACCUCAUUCUGCUUCCAGCUGUCUGUCACCCCACUUGUGCCAGUCUCUGAGCUCCUGCAUAACCAAAGAGAACAACUCUUUCAGUUCAGACAGUGCAGCGUUCUCACUGAAUGCCACAAAGCCCAAUGACAGGAUCAUCAUGGAGGUCACCCUCAACAAAGAGCCAUGUGCUGGCCUUGGCAUUGGGUUAUGCAGCAUCCCCUACUUCCAGUGUAUUUCAGGGAUUUUUAUUCACACCCUCUCACCAGGCUCAGUGGCACAUAUGGAUGGAAGACUCAGGUGUGGAGAUGAAAUUAUAGAAAUUAACGAGGCUUCAGUACAAAAUAUGACUCUUAAUGAAGUUUAUGCUGUGCUAAGCCACUGUGACCCUGGUGCAGUGCAGAUUAUUAUCAGCAGACACCCUGAACCACAGGUGUCUGAGCAGCAGUUAAAGGAAGCUGUUGCACAAGCUGUGGAAAACAACAGAUUUGGAAAGGAGAGACAGCAGUGGAGUACUGAAGGUGUUAAAAAGCUAGAGGCAAGCUGGCAUGGCAGAGACCUGUGUGAGAAACACCUGGAGAGGAACGGUGCCCACGGCCCCCGCAGGAUACAGAGGCUAAUGACCCGCUCCAGCAGCGACAGCAGCUACAACCCCAGGUCCUCACCUAGCGAUGGUGCUGUGCACCACCUGACUGACUCCAAAGAACGGGUCCACAGCAUUGAUGUACCAGUUACCAGGCAGCCUGGCCUGCUGUGUUCCUUGUCUGAUAAUCAUCCAGAGAGAAACUCCCCUCCUGCUUGUAGGGACAGGGAGCAACCCGUGCAAAACACUAAGAAAUCAUCAGAGAUCCUCGUCAGAAAACCUAAAUCAUCCAAGCCCAAACCUCCCCCAAGGAAAUACUUCAAGCAGGACUGUACAUGCAGUGACCAGUGUGACCCAGACAGGAAAGAAAAGCUCCUGUCAGAUGUGGUUGGAGCACCUUCUGCAAGGCUUCAGCAGGAAGCUGGAGAAACAGUGCUAGAGGGACAUCAAACUGGUGUAACCCACAACGUCUUUACCACUUCUCCUACAGCAUCUGACGCUGAUCACACAGCUGCUGUUCCAGUGAGCAGAGAUCAAGACAGAAAAGCAGACUUAGGGAAUCCACUUUCAGCAAUACAAAGGCCUAUACUUAAAAGACAAGCACGGGUAGAUUACAGUCUUGAGACAACAACAGAAGACCCUUGGGUUAAAAUUUCUGACUGCAUAAAAAGCUUAUUUAACCCUACCAUGAGUGAAGACAACGUCCACUUAGAUUUGCAACCUGGCACCAACAAAGAGAACCAGAAUCGAAGCAGCUCAGAGACAGUUCUGAAGAAAUCAGAAUCAGAAAGUGUUGGUUCAAAAGUGCUAAAAUCAGAGGAAAAUGACAGUGUGAAGAGAGGUCCUCCUGUUGCACCUAAGCCAGUCUGGUUUCGCCAGAGCCUGAAAGGACUGAGGAAAGCAAAUUCAGGUGUAAAGACACAGGCAGAUCAAAGUCCUCCUGGCCUUGAGAGUAUUGCCAGCAAAGAGCUGCAAUGCUGUGUCUCUCCAAGGGGAUCAUCAAUAAAACAAAGAAUAAACUCAUUUGAGUCCUUGAGUGCUCCACAGUCACCUGAAAAACCACCCCGAAGGUUCAGCCUGAAGCAGCCAGCCCGGCCAGAGCCCUCUGCUGCAGAAGGGGCUGCAGCCCGGACACACCAAGCCCUUCUCCAGCACUGUGACAAUAGCCAGCAGCCUCCUGGGGUCAUGUGCACAAUGAGCCUGGACAGAUCUUCCUCUUCCAGAGAGGUCCUUGUAGCUAGCUCGGGGAGAAGCAACAAUGCCAGCACUGAAAAUUCCCUGGGCCUCUCCAGCACAGAGGCCACGGCAACCUCCCCUCCUGCAGCGGUAGCAAAAGCACAGAGCCUGCGGUCACGAAGCUUCCCACUCACUGCCACCCCAGCCUGUGAGAUGAUGAAGCCACGGGAUGAAAGGUGUAGCAAAAUCUACUCCAUCAGCAGCCAGGUGUCAUCUGCUUUAAUGAAAUCGUUGCUUUGCCUUCCUCAGUCUCUAACCUCUUCUGGAAACAGCACCUGGGAAACCCUGGACUCAUUGUCUCAGUCCUCUGCAGAGGAGGAGGGGACUUCUCUCUCACCUGAGAAUCACCACCUGGACACUGGAUUUUCACUAAAUCUCUCUGAGCUGAGGCAAUAUAGUGUGAGCCUGGCAGACCGUGAGAAGGAGGAAGAGAAAGAAGAAGGCAGCUCACUUCAGGCAUCUGCUGUGCCAGGGCAGUCUGUUAUCUCUCUGCUUUCCCCUGAGGAGUUAUCAAAGCUGAUAGAGGAAGUCAAAUCUCUGGAUGAAGCAACUUUAAAGGAAUUUGAUGAUAUUCAUGUCACAGUUUUGCAUAAAGAAGAAGAUACUGGGCUUGGCUUCAGUCUGGCAGGAGGUGUUGACCUAGAAAACAAAGUGAUAACAGUUCACAAAGUGUUUCCCAAUGGACUAGCAUCUCAGGAAGGAACUAUCCAGAAAGGAGAUGAAGUGCUGUCCAUUAAUGGAAAGUCCCUGAAGGGUGCGACUCACAGCGCUGCUUCAGCACUCAUGCGGCAGGCACGGCAGCCCAGACAAGCUGUUGUUGUCACCAGAAAAGCUAAAGAUGGAGAGAAACAGUUCAGUGCUUCAAUCAGCUCUAGCAGCUCUUCAGUAGCAAGUGAUGCUUCACAGGAGUCUGCAGAUACAACCUGCACUGUGACUCUGGAAAAAACAGCUGCUGGUUUAGGAUUCAGUCUGGAAGGAGGCAAGGGCUCAGUUCAUGGAGACAAACCCAUCAUCAUUAACAGGAUAUUUAAAGGGACUGCACUGGAACAACACAGCCCUGUUCAGCCUGGUGAUGAGCUGCUACAAGUGCACACAAGGCCCAUGCAAGGGCUCACUCGUUUUGAAGCAUGGAAUAUCAUCAAGGAAUUACCUGAUGGCCCCAUCACAGCUAUCAUCAGGAGGAAGAAUCCAAGCUCUGUUACCACCAAGUCAUCUGAAACUCUAUAA